CCAACCCCAGGCCGAAGCGGCAGGAGACGACGAUGGAGAGCAUCCACCGGUUCUCCUAUCGUAUAUUGCCCAUCUCCAUUGCUGAGAAAUGCUUCAGAAACUCGAAAUGCAACCGAUUUCUGAGACACCCGUCUCUGUCUAUCCAUGGCAAUCGCGAAAGAUUCUUAAAAUUGGGAACUUCAGAGAUGACUAGAGUCUUCAGUGGUGAUUUCAUCACCAGAAGACCCUAUAAUUCAUCUUCUUCGACUGCACGAGCAGGAGUAGGAUGGUUUCGGGGCUUCGGAGAGAAAAAGCCCAACCUGCCUGAGAUAGUGAAAGCCGGAGAUCCCGUUCUUCACGAGCCUGCGUCAGAUGUCCGCGUCGAUGAAAUUGGGUCGGAGAAGAUGCAAAAACUAAUUGACGAUAUGAUCAAGGUCAUGAGGAAGGCACCUGGGGUUGGUCUUGCUGCUCCUCAGAUUGGAAUACCUUUGAAGAUAAUUGUUUUGGAAGAUACAAAAGAAUAUAUUAGUUAUGCUCCAAAGGAAGAAACUAGUAAACAAGAACGGUGCCCGUUUGAUCUUCUGGUGAUACUGAAUCCAAAACUUAAAAGGAAGAACAACAAAACUGCAUUAUUCUUUGAGGGUUGUCUGAGUGUUGAUGGAUACAGAGCAGUUGUGGAACGAUACCUCAAUGUUGAGGUCACAGGAUUGGACCGUUAUGGUCAGCCCAUCAAAGUAGAUGCUUCAGGUUGGCAAGCUCGUAUACUACAGCACGAGUGUGAUCAUUUGGAUGGAACAAUAUAUGUUGACAAGAUGGUCCACAGAACAUUCCGGACCGUUGAGAAUUUGGACUUGCCUCUUCCUAUAGGGUGCCCCAAGCUUGGAGUUUGCUAGCUGCUUUAUUUAGAAUUUUUAGAGGGUCUUCACUCCCCUGUUUUGCCCGUUCCCCAUUCUUGAAGAGAAAUAUUGUUUAAUCUCUGUAAUGCAAAUUCAAUGAAUUUUUUUGUUAGAGGUGGUUUUGAAGAUUACAUUUAAGCAAAAAAUUGCAUUGGUGGUGCUCUUGGAGGUAACUGGAAUUUUGAGAAGCCAUUUUU